UAAGUGAAAAUCAGCUACUUGGGGUGGUUUUCCAUCAUUCCAUCUAGGUCCCGGUGCUUUUGUAGAGACCGCCCAUUCAUCCGAAGCAGUGGGAAUUGUUGGAGUGCGGAGCUUCAUCGCGUUCGCCGCAGAGGGCAGGCGAAGCGCCGUUUUGGGCUCUGGAUCCCAUCCAAGAGGCUUGUGGAAAAUAAACCAUCCACAUUUUUAAUGCGAAAUAGAGAAAUAAAUAAGCCGAACCAGCCGAUGAAGCAUGAUGUAUGCGGCUGGCCUCAAGCAGUUGCCUCUUUGUGUGGAAGAUCAUGCGCCUUGGCGGAAGCUCCGCUUUGAAAUCCAUCGCUAAUGUCAGUUUGGAACAAUGUCUGAUUGAUAUGGACGAUUCGUCGGGAGUUUUACUGGUUUCGUUGAGUUUUUAGUAGUUUUAAGACUAGUUUUAAAUGAAAACACGUCUAAAAUGGUGACAAUAAACCUCUAGUGUAAGUGCCGAGUGGAUUAAUCAAACAGCCCGCUGCCGAUUUUAAAGCCCAUUCCAGUAUGGAUGGCCAGCGAGCUUUGGACUUGAUGCCCCUGCUUCAGGAGCGACUGGUGGUGCUGACAGGGGGCCGAGAUCGGCGGGGGGGCCCAGUGCUCUCCUUCCCAGCCAAUCCCCGAAGAGAACGCGCUAAGCCGGAGGACUACAAAAGACUGUUGCAGUAUCUGAUGUCCAUUCCCAACGAUGAGGCGCGCAAUUUGGGGUUCACUGUACUGGUGGACAUGCGAGGAGCCACCUGGUCGACGGUCAAGCCCAUCCUCAAAGCCCUACACGAGCACUUUCCCCAAGGGGCCGUCCAUCAGGCGCUCAUAGUCAAGCCGGACAACUUUUGGCAGAAGCAGCGCACCUCCUUAGGAUCACAUAAGUACAAAUUUGAGACAAAUAUGAUAAGUAUAGAAGCCCUACCAAAAAUUAUUGAUACCACGCAGCUCACGGCCGAUCUAGAAGGCGCUCUUUCAUACGAUCACGCCAAUUGGUUGGAUACGAGGUUAGCGACUGAGGAGUUUUCCUGGCAGGCUGCCGAUCUUCUAGAUCGGCUUGACGAUUUGCAGGAAGAUCUAGCGCGCAAUGACUUUGCGGACGACGUCAGCGGGGCCAAACACAAGAUCGACCUGCACAACGAAAUGAAGAAGAAAAUCAUGAAGGCGCCGGUGGAGGACAUUGAUGUCCUAGGACAACGCUUGCUACAAAGCAUAUGCGGCAUUCACGACACCGGUCAGGGCCAUGAUAAGGGCGGAGGCGGCGGCGGUGGAAACAGCCCGGACACCCUCAGUCCCGAUCUGCAUGACAUCAAAAGUCUGGUGCUGCAAAACCUGAAAGCUGUGCACAGCGCCCAGCAGCACCUGCUACAACUGUGGCACCACAAGAAGCUGAAGCUGGAUCAGUGCUUUCAGCUGCGCCUGUUUGAGCAGGAUUGUGAAAAGAUGUUUGAUUGGAUUUGCCAUAAUCGUGAUGUUUUCCUGCUGAACUACGUGGAGAUCGGGCACACGUACCAGCUGGCCAAGCAGCUGCAGGAGGAUCAUCAGCACUUUACCAUGUCGUCGAUGAACGUGUAUGUGAAUAUCAAUCGGAUUUUGAGUGUGGCCAGCCGGCUCAUUGAGGGCGGCCACUAUGCCGCCCCCCAUAUUAGGUCGGUGGCUGGGCGACUGGACCGCACUUGGAAGGAUUUUGCUGCUGGACUGGACGAGCGCACUGCUGUGUUGGCCCUUUCGGUGAUUUUCCAUCACAAGGCUGAGCAAUACGUCGAGAAUGUGCCGACCUGGAAAAACGCCAGUGAAACCAUCAACUUGCCCACUGAAAUCAUGCUGCUGGAAAACGCCAUCCAUCAGCACCAGAAUCUCUACGAAUCCAUGUGCCAGGCGUACACCGAGGUCCAUAGUACUAGCAAGAAACUACUCUACCAAUUAGAUCAUUUGGUGCAAGUUUGUAAUCAGCCUGGGACUGAGAAAAAGCAUGACGACGGGACUGUGUACGAAAACCGGCCUGGAGGAAAUCCGGCAGCGGAUUACAGCGAAGGCGCCAGCCACGUGUUGGCGGUCAUUCAUCAGAUCCUCAACCAUCACAGAGCGUUGGAGCAAAAAUGGCACGCCAAGAAGAUCAAGCUGCAUCAACGGCUGGCGCUGCGGCUUUUCCAGGAGGACGUCAAGCAGGUUUUGGAUUGGCUGUCCAAUCACGGCGAAGUGUUCAUCAGGAAAAACACCGGCAUUGGCAGAAACCUGCAGAAGGCGCGCGUCUACCAAAAGAGCCACGAACAUUUCGAGAACGUAGCUCAGAAUACGUAUACCAACGCUGAUAAGCUGCUGACCGCGGCUGAAGAGUUAGCGCAUACAGGAGAGUGCGACCCAGACGAAAUCUACAGCGUAGCCAGAGAACUGGAGGCGCACGUUGCAAGUUUCGCUGCCAGAGUCGAGCAGCGGAGGCGACGGCUUGACUUGGCAGUUCUUUUCUACACCAGAGAGAAGGAGUUGGCUAAUUGGGCGGACGAACUUCGGCAGGAGUUGCAGCAAGAGGAGAGCGCUGCCGAAGGGUUGGAAACAGUCGAAAGAUUGCUGGAGCAAACCGAUCAACAUCGAGUGCAGAGUUUGGAGGCGUGCGCCUCGACGAUUGCCCAAGGCGAAGCCCUUCUGCAAGAGUUGAGAGCAAUUGGCGAGAUGGACUCAACCGGAUCAGUGAGCGCCGUGGAAUCCGCCUUAGAUCGCCUGGCUAAGCAACGCAACGACUUGGAGGAAUUAUGGGCGGCCAGGAAGCUGCGUCUGGAUCUCUGCCUAAGACUGAGACUGUUUGAGCGCGACGCACUUGAAGUGUCCUCACAGUUGGAGAUGUGGAGCGAAGAGCUGCAGCACAGCGAACUCACCAUGGACAUUGCCAAAGCGGAACAGUUCCUUCGGUUGCACAACGAGAGCGUAUCCCAGAUGCAAAACACCACCUACCAGGUACUGCAGCAAGGCCAGGAGUUGGUGCAGGUGUUUGAAAACUCCGGCAUCUGCGUGAUGGCUGAUGCACAGUGCAACGCGCAGACCCGAGUGCAAGUCCUGCUGGAGUUCCUGCACGACCGCGAAGUCGACCUGGAAGAUCUGGCCGAGGUGAAGCGAGUGAAGCUAGAACAGUGCAUCCAGUUAGGCCAAUUCCAGAACGAUGCCAACCAGGUGAUCAGUUGGAUCCGCAACGGGGAGUCGAUGCUUAUGGCUAGUUUUACCAUUCCCAACAGUCUAGCCGACGCCGAGUUGCUGAAGAAAGAGCAUGAGCAGUUUCAGGUUGCCAUCGAAAAAACACACACUUCCGCUGUCCAGGUCAAAUACAGAGCAGACUCUCUAAUCAAUGGCAACCACUACGAUCCGCAGAGCAUCCGGGAUAUCUCAGAGGAAGUAACCAAGAGGUGGCAACAGUUGGUAACCUGCGCUGAAGAGCGGCACAAACUGGUCACAGCCAGCCUGAACUUCUACAAAACGGCCGAGCAGGUUUGCUCAGUGCUGGACAGCCUGGAGAGAGAAUAUAGACGAGAUGAAGACUGGUGCGCCACUGGGCAGCCCAACGUAGACAAAGCCACUGCCAUUUCGCAGCUGAUCAACAAACACCAGGAGCAAAAGGAGGCGUUCCUCAAAGCCUGCACUUUGGCUCGGCGAACGGCCGAAACAUUCCUGAAAUACACCACUCGCAGUUUGCAGUUUUACAACUUCACGAACACUGGAACGAAUCAUGAGUCGCGAGUGAAAGGGAUUUUGGAAAAGUUACUCAGCCAGGAGAACAAGGUCUUGGAACACUGGACCCAGAGGAAGAAGCGCUUGGAUCAGUGUCAGCAGUUCGUCUUGUUCGAGCGCUCAGCCAAGCAAGCCAUCGAGUGGAUUCACGACACUGGAGAGUGCUACUUGACCACUCAUGCCACCAACCUAGGAAAUAACAUUGAAGAAACGGAGAGUCUUCUACGCGAGCACAACGAAUUCAAGGGCACUGCCAAAGAAACCAGGGAGCGCGUGAAGCUGCUGAUCCAGCUAGCGGACAGUUUGGUCGAAAAGGGACACGCUCAUGCCACUGCCAUCAAGCAAUGGGUGGCGGCAGUAGACAAUCGCUACAAAGACUUUAGCUCCAGAAUGGAACAGUAUAGACAGCAACUGGAGGAAACACUUGGAAUUCAAGAAGAAGAAUCGGAGAAAAAGGAGCUUUCCAUUGACCGGAAUUCGGACCCAAGUCUCGAGAGCAAAAUCAAAGACGGCACAGCCAAAGACCUUAAAGAGCUGAAUGAAGAAAAGCGCCGUUCGGCUCGCAGAAAAGAGUUUAUCAUGGCCGAGCUGCUGCAGACCGAGCGAACUUACGUUAAGGACUUGGAGACUUGUAUCAAGUGCUUCCUUUACGAAACUCGGAACGCCAAUGGGGUGCCUGUGGCCCUUCAGGGCAAGGAGAAUACCAUCUUCGGCAACAUGGAGGAGAUCUACAAUUUCCACAACUCCAUAUUCCUACGCGAGUUGGAAAAGUACGAGACGAUGCCAGAGGAUGUUGGCCAUUGCUUUGUGACUUGGGCGAUAAAGUUCGACAUGUACGUGUACUAUUGCAAGAACAAACCGGAGAGCAACUCGCUGCUGGUGCAACAUAGCGGCAACUAUUACGAGGAGUUGCAAAAGAAGCAUAAAGUUGAGCACCCCAUAGCGGCCUAUCUGAUCAAGCCAGUGCAGCGCAUUACCAAAUACCAACUGCUGCUCAAAGAUCUGCAAAGCUGCUGCAACGAAGGGCAGGGCGAGAUCAAAGACGGUCUGGAAGUGAUGCUCAAUGUGCCCAAGAAGGCCAACGACGCGAUGCAUCUGUCGUUGCUUGAAGGCUGCGACAUUUCCAGCGAUAAAUUGGGCGAAGUCGUGCUGCAGGAUGCGUUUCAAGUGUGGGACCCCAAGCAGCUGAUCCGCAAGGGCCGAGACCGGCACAUUUUCCUCUUCGAACUCUACCUGCUGUUUACCAAAGAGGUUAAGGACUCGGCCGGGAAAGUCAAGUACAUCUACAAGAACAAGCUGAUGACCUCAGAAUUGGGGGUGACGGAACACAUGGAGGGUGAUGAGUGCAAGUUUGCCGUCUGGACCGGAAGGGCCCCGAUUUCGGACUACCGCAUCGUCCUCAGGGCGUCCAGCCUAGAAACCAAGCAACUUUGGGUGAAGAAACUGCGCGAAGUCAUCCAAGAGACGUACUUUAGCGGGGCGUUGCCGUUGACGCUGCCCAAGAGUCCUGCCAAGCUGAAGACCCACAGCCAGAGGUCCAGCAGGGACUUGGAGGAAUGCAACUCCCUGGACGAGAGCGUGGAGAAUCUGGACCGCAACUCGUUGGCUUCUUUCGGAUCUGGCAAUACAACCGACUCAGAUAAGCAGAGGGGCUCGUGCCCCUGGGGGUGCUCAAACAACCCCCGCAGCAGCGAGGUUCGCCGUCCCGCCGACCCCCGCAAGCUUCGGACCACGAUGUGUCGGAAACUACGCAAAACGAUGCGGCUGCAGUGAACACAUCGUCGCCAGUCAACAAAAGGCGCGGCUUUAGUGGACGGAAAUGGUUGCCGCCACCCCUACGUAAGCUGUCCCAGGGAAAAGUGGACAAGUCCCAGGCGCCCAUCGAUCCCAGGCCGCCGCUGAAGAAAACUGGGUCGGACAAACGGAUUCGGGUGCCCCCCACGGAUAUGGGUAAUAGUAAGUCCUCAGUUUCUGAAGGGGAAGAAGACGACGAUCGAACUGCGCCUCUUAAAGCGGCCAAAUCGCUGGGCUCGGAAAUUAUCAAUGGAGAUGAGGCGGACGAAGAAGUGGAAUUGCCGCCCCCGAUGAAGCCGAUUCAGGAGCCAAUGCUGGUGCCGCAGCCACCUGCAGGUGUACCGGGAGUGCCAGAGAUCGAAGAGAACCCCUGCAAGAGGGUCUCUAGCCUCACUAUUAAAUCUUUAGAGGGGGCCAUUUCCGCCGAUUUGGCUGAGAUCGAGCAAAUCGUCAAGGAGAGAAUGGAGCAGCACUCAGAAAACAAGCACUCGACGCUCAGAAACACACGCAGCUCUGAAGCUUUGUCAGAGUUCAGUCUGGAUAGUCAGCGAGACCUGUCGGCGCAUUGUUCAUCAAACGAGGCGGCCUCAUUGGCUUUCAGCGGCGACGAGAGCGACAAACAAGGCGAAUUGGAUCCGGAGAAGAUCGAGACCUUUUUGAAGAAGCGCCAGUACGUGUUGCAAGAGUUGGUGGACACUGAAGAGGCCUACGUGCGCGAUCUGUCACUAAUCGUGGACGGAUAUAUCGCUACUAUGCGGGACAGCGACUGCGAAGUGCCCAUGCCCGAAGACUUGCGUAACGGAAAGGACAAGAUGGUGUUUGGAAACAUUGAGGCCAUCUAUGACUGGCAUAAAAAUCAUUUCCUCAAGUCCCUGAAAGCAGGGAUAGAAAACCCGGAAGAGCUGGCCCAACUGUUCCGCCGCUACGAGCGCAAGCUGCAGAUGUACGUGAUCUACUGUAAAAACAAGCCCAUUUCCGAGUACAUUGUAGCCGAGCAUUUGGAGUCGUACUUUGAGGAGUUGCGAGUGAAGCUGGGCCAUAAGCUGCAGCUGUGCGAUCUUCUCAUUAAGCCAGUGCAGCGGAUUAUGAAGUACCAGCUGAUGCUGAAGGACAUUCUUAAAUAUACUGAACGGGCAGGGAUUCGUAGCGAAAUUGAGCCACUGAGGGCGGCCUACAAGAUCAUGGUGGUGGUGCCGAAGAACGCCAAUGACAUGAUGGACGUGGGACGGUUGCAGGGCUUUGAGUCGGGCAAGAUAACGUCUCAGGGCAAACUGCUGCUUCAUGGGCCUUUGAGUGUGUCCGACGUGCCUGGACAAACAGUGAUGGGCAAGACCAAGGAACUGCAGGUCUUCCUGUUUGAGCAGAGCAUAAUUUUCUCGGAAAUUGUGGGCAAAAAGACGCAGUUCACCAGUCCGCAGUAUAUCUACAAGGCCCACAUACAGGUGAAUCGUCUAUCGCUGGACGAUUCGCGGGAAGACAACACAUUCGUGGUCACGUCAACUGAUCCGAAAAACGCCAUUUGUUCUACGGGGUUCGUGUGCUGCGCACCAUCGGAAGAGCUGCGGAACCAGUGGGUGCGCACAGUAAAGGAUAUCCUGCAAUCGCAACGUGAUUUUCUGAAAGCCAUUCAAAGCCCGAUCGCGUACCAGAAGGAAAAGACUAAGGAAUCAUCGGAAGGUCCAUGGGAGUUCACUGGAACCACUCAAGCGGACGCGGCCAGUUUGCAGCCACCCAGAAGGCCGCCCGCCUACAUCCACAAGGCGAACACCAUCGGAAUACCAUCGGAAAGCGAACUGCACUCCACUGAAGGACUGGACCACAAGAACAACAACCAGAAGCCCGGCAAGAAGAACUUCUUCGAGGGCUGGCGAAGCACCUUGAGGAACAAGCACAAAAGCGACACGGUGGUUUUAGCGGCAGGCAAAGAGGGCGAAAAAGGCGACUUGCAGAAGAGGUGGAGCGAGUCGCAGCAUUCGGGCGAAAAUCACAUACUAGCGCCCGGAAGCCAGGCCGUAGUGCUGCGCGAGCAAGCCGGAGUCAACGUAGGUGAAGUGGUGACCAUCAUCAAGUAUCGGCAUGAGCGCUACUUAGUACUGGUAAACGCGGUGCGGCAGAAAAUCUGGCUGCCCUCCAACGCCAUCGCAUCCUCAGGCCGGAAGCCUUGGAGUUUCGGGCUGCAAAAGGCGAACGGGACGGUCCAGGAGGGUCCGCUACCGGAAUUCCGGGAUAGAAUGAAGGACGUGUCGGUGGAAUGCGGCGCCAAGGUGGUGCUAAAAUGCCGCGUGCGCCACUGCGGCCCCAACUGCCGCCAGAGCUGGAAGAAGCUGGAGCCCAACUUAUGCAUUCUGCGCAACGGGCGCUUUAUGUUGGACAGCGACGACGAGGGCGUGGCCGUGCUGAGUCUGGAGAACGCUAAGCCUAGCGACUCUGGAACGUACUCUUUUACCGUUACCAACGAGUUUGGGUCGGCAAGUUGCACUUGCGUUCUCACAGUGCUGAGUAAUGUUCCACCACUUGCUGAGCCGAAGAUCCAGGUUUUAACAGCCAACAGUGUGUUGUUGGAGUGGGACAAUCCACAAGGCGCCCAGUUUUUCAUCGAAUAUUGCAAGCUGGGCUCUGGCGAGUGGACGUCGCCGACCUCCAAGCUGCCCAUCUGCGGCACCUCAUUCACUCUGGAUAAUCUAGUAGCUGGCGAUACCUACAGCUUUCGCCUGGUCUCUGGCGAGACAAUGUCGGUGAGUCUACCCACCAUGGCCGUCACCCUGCCAGUGGCGGACACUCUUCUGUGGCAACAAGAACAAUUCAAGCGCCGCUACAUUGAGCUGGAAGAAAUCAGCAGGGGCCGCUUUUCCAUCGUCCGACUGGCCAAAGACCGCGGCACCAACGUCCAAGUGGCCUUGAAGCAAGUGACCAGGAGGAAGCAGCCCCACCACAUAACCCAGGCGGAGUACGCGCUUUUGGCCACCAUGGAACAUCCGAACAUCAUUCGGUCCUUGGCGCUCUUUGAUAAUGCGCCAGUGCCCGGAACGGACACCAUCGUCUUGGAACUAGUCAAAGGCCCGCUUCUGUUCACGUUUCUGAGCGAGCGCGAAAACUACUCUGAACACGACGUUCGCUUCUACAUCUCUCAGCUGAUCUCGGCCCUUUCUUGGCUGCAUCGCAAGGACUUGGUGCACUUGGAUGUCAAGCCGGAAAACGUGAUGGUGGACGUUUUGUUGUCGCCGCCCCUGGUCAAACUGGUUGACUUUGGCGACUCGGUCAACACUGCGAAGAACGUGAUCCUGCCGCCCGCCUGUUUGGAGUUUGCGUCUCCUGAACUGGUGUUGGGGCAGCCGGUGGGGCGGCACACUGACUGUUGGGCGGCAGGCGUCUUUCUCUAUGUUCUCCUUAGCGGCGUAUCGCCCUUCUUGGAUGACUCCAUGGAGGAAACCACUGCCAACAUCCUGAAGUGCGACUUCUGCUUCCCUGAUGAGUAUUUUGCAGAUAUUUCCGGUGCCGCCAAGGAGUUCAUCGGGAAACUGCUCGUCCUGGUGCCCGGCCAGCGUUUGGAUAUGGACGCCGCCCUUUCGCUGCCCUGGAUUAGGAAGGAGACGCUACCGGCAGUAAUUCCGGGCUUUCGGCUGAGAAACUUCAUGACCAGGCGACGGCCCUCCAACAUACCGACGACGCCCACGCGAGUUCUCCAACCCGGCCAGAACACGUUGGUCUUUUGACAUUGUGAUAUUUCCUAUUUAAUCUGUGUUCGUUUUUUCUAUAAGUUUCUUAAAUUUCUUUUACCAUUGAGCAUUUAUGUUUAUAUAGGGCAUUUUUACGAAUCUAUAGUGCCGACAUGUGCAACUGUAAGCAGUACGACUAAUAAAUAGAUUCUUCUUCA